AAACCAUCUAUUCCACCGCCUGUUUCGCCCCAUUUCAGUGCGCUCUCUCUGACCUACUCCUCAUUCCUAUCCGCAGCAAUCUCCCUUUUUCUUCAACACCAGCUUUUCUAUUCUUUGUUCACUCAGGUACAGGGUAGAAAUAAACUCGUUUCGAAGUGAAUUAGUGUCUGGGUUUCUCGUCGAACCGCUACUAGUUUGUGAAGAUUUUGAUUCGGUGGGGGUUUUAAUAUACAGGGAGAAAGGAGAAAUGGAGUCGUCGUCCAUAGUGGAAAGAGCGCUCAAGUCCAGUUUCCGCAGCAAGACGGAGGAGGGCCAAUACGUGGCGGUCGAGGACUGCUUGCUCGGUCACGGCGGAGUGUCCUUGGUUGCCUGCAACGACGAUUUCGUCGUCGACGACUGGUUCGACUUCUCGAAUGAGGAUGGAGAGGUUGAAGAAGAAGGAGGAGGAGGAGGAGGAGGAGGAGGAGAUGAGGAAGACGAUGGGGCGGAGGUACCAAAGGACUCCUCUCUCUCUGUUUCUUCGCAAGCGGGCGAUGACGAUUGCUCCAAUCUCAGUUCCUCUCCUUCGGCCUCCAGCGAGCCUAUCUUGACCAGCGAAUUGACUGUUCCGGACGAUGAUGAUAUAGCGGAGCUUGAAUGGUUGUCUCAAUUUGUGGACGAUGAUUCCCUGCCGGAAUUCCCGACUUGUUACCUCCCGGGAAAGUGGGAACAAGAAAGCAGUGCCAAAAACCGGUCUGAACCAGAACCUAGAUCAGUUCUCAUAAGACCGCUCUGUUUUCCUUCACCUGUUCCGGUCAAGACCCGGACCAAACGGACCCGGCACGCGAAGAAGGACCAGCCACCAUCCUCCGAGUCAUCUUCCACAUCAUCGUGCUCUUCGGAGAACUCGUCGAGCUCGUGCCUUUCUUUCACGAGCGUGCUCACGAGCAUGGAAUUUGUGCGCAGCCAGAGCGAACCGGAGAAGAAGAAGAAGAUGAAAAAGACGAGGGAACCGCCGGUUCAGGACGGCCCGGUUCAGUUCCAGAGGCGUUGCAGCCAUUGCCAUGUACAGAAGACGCCGCAGUGGCGAGCUGGCCCGUUGGGCCUGAAGACCCUCUGCAACGCAUGUGGGGUCCGGUACAAGUCAGGCCGGCUCUUCCCCGAGUAUAGACCGGCUUGUAGCCCGACGUUCUCGGUCGAAGCUCACUCAAACAGCCACCGGAAAGUGUUGGAGAUGAGGAAGAGGAAGGAGAUGGCCGGGAAUGGAAUUGAAGGAGGCAGGUUGAAGUUGAACAGGAUGGUCACCAGUUUUUGAAGGGUCUGUUAGGUUAGAAGAAGAGGUCAUUCGAACGGGGUUUCUCGACCCGGUUUAGUGGGGUUCUUUUCUUUUCUUCUCUUCAGUAUUAUACUUUUGUUUUUUUGUUUUUUCUGGAAGUAGCUAUUAUCUAUUAUUUGCUUUUAGGGUAGGUUAGAUUAGACGGAGUUUAGGACUUUUGAUUUACUCAGGAUAUUAAAAUGAUUAUAAGAUUUCGAUUUGGUUCAAAUCAAUCUACGAAAAAUUGAUAUUAUAAUGUUGGAA